UAACACUGCUUACUAGUGUGUCAAAGUAUUGGGGGGAGUGGAUUUGUUAUCAGCGGCUUUACAUGAUCUGGUCAAAGUGCAUCCUGCAUGUUGAGGUUGCCUGAGCUGGUGAAUCUGUAUACAUUCAAAUCUACUUUGGAAUAAACUCCUCAUAAGGUUGCAGAAAUGACGAAAGAAAAAAGUAAGUGGAAGGAGUUUUUAGAGGCUGCAAGUGUUCUGCAAUGGGUGCUGACCUUUCUCUUCUUAGGGGUGGCUUGCUAUAUCCUGUUUGUGUAUCUCAUGUUCACCUGGUUGUGGCCGCUCCCCACUCUGUACUUCAUAUGGAUGGUGAUGGACUGGCAAACUCCUGAAAGAGGGGGUAGGAGAUCAUCAUUUAUGAGGAAGUGGACGGUAUGGAAGCAUCACAGAGACUUCUUCCCCAUCAAAUUGGUGAAGACAGCGGAGCUGAAUCCAAACAAAAACUACAUCUUAGGCUGCCACCCACAUGGCAUCAUGAGUGCUGGAGCCUUCGCCUGCUUCACCACAGAGAGCUGUGGCUUCUCGGAGGUGUUCCCUGGUGUGCGAGCCUCCCUGGCAAUACUGGCCGGACUCUUCAGGAUACCAUUCUUUAGAGAGUACAUAAUGUUUGCAGGCCUUUGUCCAGUCAGCAAACCGAGCCUUGUCCACCUCCUUUCAAAGAGUGGCGAGGGGAAUGCAGUGGUGAUUGUGAUAGGGGGCGCUGCCGAGUCUCUGGCGUCAUCUCCUGGAGUGAACACCUUGGUUGUGAAGCACAGAAAGGGAUUUGUCAGGUUGGCCCUUGAGUUUGGGGCCGACCUAGUGCCGGUUUACUCCUUCGGGGAGAACGAACUCUUCAGGCAGUUGAUUUUCUCAGAGGGCAGUCUAAGUCGGAGGUUACAGGACCUGUUUAAAAAAAUUAUGGGGUUUGCCCCAUGUCUAUUUGUUGGUGAGCACUUGGCGAUCAUGCCUUACAGGAUUCCAGUUACCACAGUUGUGGGGAGCCCCAUCCCUGUCCCAAAGCGUGUCACACCCACCGAGGCGGAGGUCGACCACUACCACGGACUUUACAUUGAGGCCCUGUCUAAAUUAUUCCACGAACACAAGGUCAGCUGUGGCCUCUCCGAAAGUCACAAGCUCCGGAUCAUUUAGACAUUUCACUGCCACAUAAACUAUGUGGCUGCAGCUUUAAAUGGAACUUUGACUUAAUGGGUCUUUGUGUUGAUCCGAUGACAUGGGACUUGAUUUUCAACAUCAGAUUGACCUUGCAGGUUUCUGUGCUCAUACUGUAAAUUCUGCCUUUAGUGUUAAACAUAAAUGUGCCUUAUUUAUCAUAAUAAAUAAGAGGUGAGGCCCAUUACUUGCGAAUGAUGUUCAAAAACCAAUGCAAACACUAACCAUGUCGUCGAAUGAUGUUUUCGUCAUGAUGUAAUACUUGUUAUUAAAAAGGCCAUUCAAACAAA